UUGGCUGUGGCUGUCAACAAAUAUAUUCAUAGGUUCUCAGGAUUAGAGUAUGGACACUGGAAGGGCCUUGUUCUGCUUACUGUCAGUAUAGAGAAGUCUAAGGACCAGGGUCUAGUUCUUGUGCCACCACAUUCCCAAGAACUUUUGAGAAUUCCAAUUAGCUUCCAGGCCAUUAGGAAGGUAUGUUUAUCAAGGUAAAGAAGAGGAUAGGAUAGAAUAGAAAACAAACCAUAUUCAACAGUUGUUGGCUUAUUUUGUAACUCUGAAGUUUUCAGAUACAUAGUAUGUAGGCCUCCAUCUACACUCUUGACAUCCACCCUGCAAAGCCAUAUGCAAGUGAGUGUUCAAGAUCCCGUUAUUUUCACCCCAGGGGAACUAGGCAGUAGGCUGCCACCACUCACACAGCUUUGAUGGGUGUACAGGACUACCUCUUCUGAACCUCCUGAGAAGUUGGCCGUCUCCACCUUCUGAAACCAAGUCUCCUCCCAUUCCACAUCUGCCCUGUGCAGUUGCCUCACAUCCACACCCUCCUCAGGGCUGUUUAGAUUUGUUCAUUAUGGAUUCACCCAAGAGUUGUUCAGCACCUCCACUGGAGCUUCAGAGAUGGCUUAGUCAUAGUCUGCCUGUGAGCUGGUGAGCGCACCAAAAAAACAAAAGGUGCCAUGACAGGGGCAGUAGGGACUAGGUAUCAGGGAUGGCUGCAGAGGUCACAUGGGCAGAUGGAUGGUGGUGAGUUUAGGUGGGGGCUUUUCAGAGGAAGUGGUUCUCAAAUUGUCUUAGCUAGGCCAGGAAGCUGAGGGCUGGAAUUUUGGGUGAAGUGAUAGAUCUUGAGGUCAGAGCAGGGCAAGUUUGGGGAAUCCCAAAUCUGUCAUGGUAACUAGAACAGAGGAGGAGGUGGAAGGAGGCAGACGUAGGCUUAAAACACGAAGGGCUCGAUUGAUCCUGAUGGACCACAACUUCAUAAGGAGCCUAAAUAGGAUUCAUUGUAACUUCAGCGCCUGGGAGAAGUCCAGCAUGGAGCAGGGGCUUAGUCAUUAUUUGCUGAAAGAAUGACAUAGGGGGGCGGGUCCUGGUGGCGCGGCCGGACAGACCCUAGCGGCAGGAGUCUGCGGGUGGUUUUUUCGGGGGUGGCAAGCCUGGAACGCACGCGGUGCUGUACAACAUGGCGGACGAGGAAGUAGUUAUUUUACCAAAGAAACAUAAGAAGAAAAAGGAGCGGAAGUCUUUACAAGAAGAAGAUAUAGCUGAAAUACAACAUGCUGAAGAAUUUCUUAUCAAACCAGAAUCCAAAGUGGCUCAGUUGGAUACAUCUCAGUGGCCCUUGUUGCUAAAGAAUUUCGAUAAGCUAAAUGUAAGGACAACACACUAUACACCUCUUCCUUGUGGUUCAAAUCCUCUGAAGAGGGAGAUUGGGGACUAUAUCAGGACAGGUUUUAUUAAUCUUGAGAAGACAGGACACAGUGGCACCUUGGAUCCAAAGGUGACUGGCUGUUUAAUCAUGUGCAUAGAACAUGCAACACGUUUGGUGAAAUCACAACAGAGUGCAGGCAAAGAGUAUGUGGGAAUUGUCUGGCUGCACAAUGCUAUUGAAGAGGGGACUCAGCUUUCUAGGGCCCUGUUCCAGCGACCCCCACUUAUUGCUGCAGUAAAGAGGCAACUCCAAGUGAGGACUAUCUAUAAAAGCAAAAUGAUUGAAUAUGAUCCUGAAAGAAGACUAGGAAUCUUUUGGGUGAUUUGUGAGGCUGGCACCUACAUUCGGACACUGUGUGUACACCUUGGCUUGUUGUUGGGAGUUGGCAGUCAGAUGCAGGAACUUCGGAGGGUUCGUUCUGGAGUCAUGAGUGAAAAGGACAAUAUAGUGACAAUGCAUGAUGUGCUUGAUGCUCAGUGGCUAUAUGAUAACCACAAGGAUGAGAGUUACCUGCGGCGAGUUGUUUACCCUUUGGAAAAGCUGUUGACAUCCCAUAAACGAUUGGUUUUGAAAGAUAGUGCAGUAAAUGCAAUCUGCUAUGGGGCCAAGAUUAUGCUGCCAGGUGUUCUCCGAUAUGAAGAUGGCAUUGAGGUCAACCAGGAGAUUGUGGUCAUCACUACCAAGGGGGAAGCAAUCUGCAUGGCUAUUGUGUUGAUGACCACAGCAGUGAUCUCUACCUGUGACCAUGGUAUAGUAGCAAAGAUCAAGAGAGUGAUUAGAGACACCUACCCUCGAAAGUGGGGUUUGGGUCCAAAGGCAAGUCAGAAGAAGCUAAUGAUCAAGCAAGGUCUUCUGGACAAGCAUGGCAAACCCACAGAUAACACUCCUGACACCUGGAAGCAGGAGUACAUUGACUACAGUGAUUCUGGCAAAAGAGAGGUGGUUGCUGAAGUAUUAAAAACCACACCUUUAGUUGCUGAAGUGGUAAAAGCCCCACAGGUAGUUUCUGAAGCUGUAAAAGUCCCAAAGCGGAAGCGAGAGAGUGAGAGUGAAAGUGAUGAGAACCCUCCAGCAGCUCCCCAGUUGAUCAAGAAGGAAAAGAAGAAGAAUAAGAAAGACAAAAAGGCCAAAGUUGCAUUAGAGCAUGGGGGCGAGCCUGGAGAUGGGGACAGUGACACCACAAAGAAGAAGAAGGAGGAGGAGGAGGAGGAGAAGGAGAAGAAGGAGAAGAAGAAGAAGAUCUUUUGUUUUGAGGGAGUAGAACAAAGGUUCUGGACACGGUAGAGAGUUCUGGCACAUUUUAGCUGCUACUUAAAACCUCAGUGAUACUACCUGUUGUGGUCAUCCCAUCUUGUCCUGUUUUAAGGAUGUGGGUGGAUAAAAAAAAAAAAA